AAAAACAUAAAACGACGAAUUACGUAAAAGGAGUGAACAUAAAUAAAUGUCUAAGCGAAAAUUUGUUAAUUACUUUUAAAAUUUUAUUUUAAUUAUUUUUUAGUUUCAACAGUCUGCUCCUUAGCCACUUCCAGUUUUGUUGACAUUUUCUAAAAACGCUAUUUUGAGGUUAGGUUAUCAAGGGUCACCGAAAAAAUGGAUCAAAUGUGCCACAAAUUAAGUCAGUGAUAAAAAUAAACGUGAAAUUCGACAUGCUUAACCCGAAAGCAUGCAAAAAAACUCAAAGAAUGGCAUUUGACACAUUUAUGAUCCGAAGAACUGAAUCAAAUGCCUCGGAGAUCUAAUGGAAAUACUAAUCUCGAAGAAGGUUGUUUCAGCUUUAAUUUUAUUAGCUGCCAUAUCUUUUUAUAUCAGUUAUACAUUUAACACUUGCCUAGUCAGUAGUAUAGCCAAAGCAUUGCCGAAAUGGCGCCACCAUCCAGUAGUCCCUAACGACACCCCAAUCAUCCAUUACCACACCUCCGUUCGCGUCGUCCCCCUUCUCGAAAGUAACGAAUCAGACAUAUCGCCGAAAUACAAGUUUUUUCGCGAACAGGGUCUGCGCCCAAUGCGCCAACUUCCAAGUGCUUUAAUAAUUGGAGUGAAAAAAGGGGGCACUAGAGCCCUUCUCGAAUUCAUCCGGAUCCACCCCGAUGUGCGUGCCGCCGGCAGUGAGGUGCACUUCUUCGAUAAGAAUUAUCCUCGGGGCUUCCAGUGGUACCGCCAACGAAUGCCUCCGACACUCGAGGGCCAACUCACCAUCGAAAAAACGCCGUCGUAUUUUAUAACCAAGGAAGCGCCGAGACGCGUACAACAUAUGAAUCCCUCCACUAAACUCUUAGUCGUAGUUAGAGAUCCGGUCACUAGGGCCAUCUCGGAUUACACACAAGCGAUUUCGAAAAAAACAGACAUGAAACCCUUCCAUCAACUUGUUUUUAUUAAUAGUACGAUAGGGUGCAUUGUUGACACCUCCUGGGGGCCGGUGAAAUUGGGGCUGUACUCUCGAUACUUGGCCAGGUGGUUGAAAUAUUUUCCUUUAUCACAGUUUUUGUUCAUAAGUGGGGAAAGGUUGGUUGUGGAUCCGGCAAUUGAGUUGAAAAGGGUACAGGAUUUUCUGGGGCUCAAACGAGUGGUUUCCGAAAGACAUUUUUAUUUUAAUUCAACCAAAGGGUUUCCCUGUUUGUUUAAAAGUGAAGGGCAUAGUACACCGCACUGUUUGGGGAAAACUAAAGGCCGGAAUCAUCCCUAUAUUGACCCUAUCGUUAUCCAAAGAUUGAGGGAUUUUUACAGACCCUUUAAUAAUAGGUUUUAUCAAAUGACCGGAAUUAAUUUCGGUUGGGUUUGAACCAUAUACACAAAAAGUAUUGCUAGACCAAUGUCAAUUUACCCAACAUAUACCUCUGAUAUCAAGUUACACGUUGUUUUGUUUUCUUGUUUUGUUUUAUUUUAAUCCAAAUAUCACAUUUAUUAUUUAUUACGCUUUCUUGUUAUUACGAUAUUGGAACUUUUUUGUUAUAAUAUUUUUUUAUAAAAAUAGCACAGCAAACAUAAUCAAAUAGGUAAUGUUUUUGACUUUUAUCAAUCGUUUGAUAACCAAAGUUUUAUUCUUACCGUAUAAAUUAUUGUAGUUGGGAAAUUUUAAUAAAAAAUCGUAAAAAAA